AUGGCUCCCCUCCACUUAGGUGCACUUGUCUACGACUAUCAAGCUAUAGAUGUCUUGGGCCCAACCGAUCUUCUUCAUUCUAGCUCCAAGCCCUACCUCAAGACCUUAUCUGGCUAUCUCAAGAUCGAGCAAGAUACAAUCUCUCGCGCCCCAGAAUUCGUCUUUCAUCACAUUGGCAUCACCCGUGAAGCCUUUGUUCUUCAAACAAGCAACAUUACGAUUGUCCCGACUACAACUGUGGAUGAAUGCCCGGUACUCGACGUCCUACUACUCGGAGGCCCUGACCCCUUCAACUUCGAGCUUCAUCCCAAGUACGCCGAGUUCAUCAAAAAGCACGUCGCAGCUGGAAAGCUUGUCUUCACUACCUGCACUGGAGCCAGCGUUGCGGCAGCAGCGGGUGUCCUUGACGGCAAGAAUGCGACAGUCAACCACGGUGCUAUCCAGCCUCUCAGACUGAAAUUUCCGAACGUCAAAUGGACUGAUGAGAAGAAAUGGAUCAUCGAUGGAAACAUUUGGACUGCGGGCGGUGCCGUCGCUGGAAUGGACAUGUUUGCGCAUUGGAUCAAGGAGAACUUUGGAAUGGAUAUCAUGGUUUUGGCUGCGUCAAUGUUGGACUAUGAGCCGAGGGACGUUGAUGGUAUUUUGAACGUCAUUCCGAAGAGGUAUGAUGAGAAUGGCAAGCAGUUGCAAACUCACGUUUUCAAAUAG